UAAAAAAUUCAGGAUAAGCUCAAUAGCCAUGAAGGCUAGAUCUUCACAGGUACUGUAAAUGUCUAGGAAUUUCUUGAGAGUAAAAUUCCAUAGCUGCUUGUUCUGAUCUCAUUUUCAUAGGAUGAGAGUGUAAGGAAAUUGCGGAAGAUAACUGUUUCCAAAAUAUCUGGAAAAGGAGAGAAGUCUGCAAACAGACUCCUUCGACAUGCUAGUUGGAGAAGCUCCUGGUCACUUGGUCAUCAGAGUUUCACAGCUUAUUUUCCAGGGUAACAGCAGUAGCAGCCAGCAGAGCUGAAAGGCUUUUCUGAUACUAACUUCUACCUCCCAGACCCAUGGAUGCUGCAGAGUUCCGCAAGAGAGGGAAGGAGAUGGUGGACUAUAUUGCAGAUUACCUGGAGAAGAUAGAUAAAAGACAGGUUUUCCCAGAUGUGGAACCAGGAUAUCUGAGGCCCCUCAUUCCAGACUGUGCACCCCAGGAUCCUGAGAACUUUGAGGAUGUCUUUAAAGACAUUGAGAAGAUCAUUAUGCCAGGGGUGACUCACUGGCACAGUCCAUACUUUUUUGCCUACUUUCCUGCAGCCAGUUCCUUCCCAGCUCUUCUUGCAGAUAUGUUGUGUGGUGGAAUAGGAUGUGUGGGCUUCUCUUGGGCUGCAAGUCCAGCUUGCACGGAGCUGGAGACUGUUGUGCUGGAUUGGCUAGGAAAGAUGAUUAAUUUGCCUGAAGAGUUUUUAGCUGGGAAGGAUGGACGAGGUGGAGGAGUCAUUCAGGGAAGUGCCAGUGAAGCCACACUGAUGUCACUGCUUGCUGCAAGAACAAAAACUAUUAGACGGGUGCAGUCAGAAAAGCCCGAGCUAACAGAAGCAGAAAUCAUGGGCCGGCUGGUGGCCUAUGCUUCUGAUCAGGCCCAUUCAUCUGUGGAAAGGGCUGCAUUAAUUGGUGGUGUGAAGAUAAAAAAUGUUCCUUCAGAUGAAAAAUUUACUGUUUGUGGUUCAACUCUAAAGAAAGUUUUGGAGGAAGACAAAGCUGCUGGUCUUAUCCCGUUCUUUUUUUGUGCAACACUUGGAACCACACCUUGCUGCUCCUUUGACAAACUGUUAGAACUGGGUCCUAUCUGUAAUAAGGAAAAUAUCUGGAUGCAUAUCGAUGCAGCCUAUGCUGGGAGUGCAUUCAUCUGCCCUGAAUUCAGACAUCUUUUAAAUGGAGUGGAGUUUGCUGAUUCAUUUAACUUUAAUCCUCACAAAUGGCUCCUAGUGAAUUUUGACUGCUCUGCAAUGUGGGUGAAAAAAAGAUCGGAUUUAACAGGUGCCUUUAAAUUAGAACCUCUUUACCUGCAGCAUCAUCAUCAGGAGUCUGGCCUUGUAACAGAUUACCGGCACUGGCAAAUCCCCCUCGGCAGGAGGUUCCGCUCCCUGAAGCUCUGGUUCGUGCUGAGGAUGUAUGGGGUGACGGGACUGCAGGAACACAUCCGCAAGCAUGUCGAGCUGUCACAUCAAUUUGAACAUCUAGUUCUUCAGGAUGAACGAUUUGAGAUCUGUGCUGAGGUCAUCUUGGGACUAGUCUGUUUUCGACUAAAGGGCUCAAAUGAACUAAAUAAGGCACUUUUUAAAAGCAUAAAUGAGGCCAAGAAGAUUCAUCUGGUCCCAUGCUACCUGCGAGAAAAGUUUGUGCUACGUUUUGCUAUUUGUUCCCGCACGGUGGAAUCCACCCACAUCAAGUUCGCCUGGCAGCACAUGUCACAGCUGGCAACCGAUCUUCUAAAAACAUGGGAGCCAAACCAGCAACAGCAGUAGCAGUGGUGAAAUAGCAGUGGGAGGAGGUAAUUAACUGGCUUUGUCUGUGUUGCCAAGUUAUAUUUUAGGGGCAGGUGGGAAAGUUUAAAUUAUGAGAGGAAAAAAUGCAAAAGUGGUGUUAUAUAGCCCAGCUGUAUUAGCAAAAACAUUGCCAGCAAGUUGUGUUGUAACCUUAAUCAUUGAUUCUCUGUACUGUAAUUUCAUCUUGACUGUUUUGGGGAUGGUCAUAGCCAUGGGUGCUGGAGCUGUGAUUUCUUUCCUGUUUGUAAUCAAGAGCAUUUACUGAACCAGCCAAUGGAAGCAGAACAUUGUCCCCGUUAAACCCCUGGCACAUCCACCUGGCCUUUCUUCACAGAUGAAACCAUGAGGUGCUAUAACCAAUUAAUCUAACAUUAUUAUGACCUCCUCAGAAAAAUUCAGGUUAUCAGAAGUUCAGUAACCUGUUUAUAGCACUGCUUGGGUCCUAUCUAAACUGGCAAGCACAAAUGUUGUAACAGUUUGGGGCACUGUCAUGUCAUGACACACUUGCCACAGUAAUUUUGCAAAUGAAGUUAGGGCCUUGAGGACGUCUUUCAUUAGAAAGCCAAAUCAGGGGUGAGUGAGCAUUAAAUGAAAGCUAGCAGUCCUUAUGGCAGGCUGAGUAGUCUCCCUUAAAAGGUUUGCUUUUAAGACAGCCAUUUUCUCAAAUCUCAGCAAAUGGUUUAUACUGCCUAUUGCUUUUCACUUUGAUCAUUCAUAAUGAUGCCUCUUACAAGCUCCUUGUUAAGAGUUUUGUCAAAAUCAAUGUGCUACCUGAUCUUCUGUAUUUUUAAUCAAGUUAUUACAAGCAGUAAUUACUUGAAAAAUAAUUUGAAAACUAUCUUUUGUGAAAUGUAGCCCUGUGAUUUUUAUGCCUACCAUUGUAUUUAUUUCAGUGUGUGUGACUUUAAAUCUUUGACAAAAUACACUGAAAAAUAUGAUUGCAAAAAUGCUGCUUUCAGUUUCUCAAAUUAGUUAAAAAACAAAAUAAAAUUAAAUAUGUAAAGAACAGACACCCCCCCCCAAAUAUACUUUGGGACCCCCAUCAGUGGUUUUUUUCCCAUCAACAAGUAAAUCUGGAAUAUAAAAUAAAUGUAAUUAGGUAUUGAAAAAUAAUUAAUCUUCAGAAAGUCAAAUAAUGUGCAGUUAACACACACCAUUGAUAUAUCAUCCUGCUGAAUGCAGGUACAGUAUAGAGAUGAAAUAAAGGUCAGAGACAGUAUCUGACUUAAGUAUUUCUGCCAUUUUGAAAAGAUAAAUUCCAGUCAGUUCUGCAUAGACAAGAACAAAAUGCAUGACUACUCCAAGAAAGAUAAUCUGUAGGACUUAUUGCUAUGUUUCAUUUAUUUUGAUCUUUCCCCUUUAUUGUUCUGUUUACAUUCUAAUGUAUUUUGAACAACUUUCAAAAUUGUUGAGUUUCCUUCCUCCAUCCCAUGCAACGUACUUCCUGUAUGUAGGAUGUUGCAUAUGACGUUCCAUGAAAUAUGCACCAGGACAGUUUGGCACAGAGUCUGCUCCUAUCCACCAUCUCUCCAGAAGGGAUCAAGGAAGCAGACUGUGGACCAGGAGGAUUUUUCUGAUGAUUCCUAGUUACUCCACUUCUGUGGUGCAGAUUGGGGGAGGAUUAGUCUUAAUGUGUAUGCAGCUGGCACAGAGAGAUGCGCGCUACUCCUGACACUUAAAAAAAAACAAAAAAAACAAAACAAAAAAAAAAACACCUGACCAAACUCUGCAUUUCUAGCAGGUUAAGUCAUGAGACUAGGGUAGGCAAUGGCAUACAGCUCUUCUGUUGGGCUAGUUAGAAGCUAUUUUGUCCACCCAGAUGGAAAAGCAGAUUACUGUUUCUUUAAAGAAUUGAUUUCACGUGUAACAGAUGAAGCAAGGUAUGACAAAUUAAUCUGGCAAAACCAAGUAAUAUUCAAGCAGGUGACGGAGCCAUUCCACAAGAUAUUGCUCUCAGCUGUAUCAUCAGAAAUUUUGAUAACACUGUUAUCUUUAGCAGAACCAAUGUGAAAUUAAGGUUUUCUGUGAUAGCACAGUACAACAAAUUAGUAGAUUGAACAGAGCUGAAAAUGCAGGUAGUUAUUUUUAUUAUUUCUUAUGUCUUUUAUUUUUAAAACAAUAUUAGUCUUUUCUCAUAACUUGGGAAACAAAAUUCAUUCAUAGCAAAUAUGGUCCAUACUGACAUAAUUUUUACAACUUUCACAUUAUGAAAACAUUAGAAUCUGAGUCAGAGAAGAACUACACCUUCUGUAUGAGACAGACCAAUAUAUUGUGUGUGAAGUACAUAAACAGCUUUGUCCAGGAAAAAAAAAAUCGGAUUCUGACCAAAGCUAUGAUAGAAUAAAUCUGGGAUAAUUCCACUGAAAUGAAAUGGAGUUGUUUUGGGUUUAUGUGACUAUAAUUGAAAUUAAAACCUGACUAAAAGGAAUUGGAAAAGAAAUGUGUAAUGUAAAGCAACACUACACUGAACAUAAGAGGAUUUCAGUGAAAAUCCUCUCCAUGGAAACCAGAGCACAGGAGGAUAAUACAUGCCUGUGUAAGCCUCAAACUGCUAUGGAAGUGGGGUGUGGGCAGGAUAUACAACCAAACCCAAGCACAGUGAAACAGCCCAGAAGUGUAGCCAUAGGUCCCAUUAGACCUUUGCAGGAAAAUGUUGCCAAAACAACAUUCAGUUACACCUUUUUCAGCAUAUGGAAUGUCAGUUUUAGAAGAGGCUCUUGUCCAGAUACCAAAACUCUUUUUGGCAAAGAAUUUAGGAUAAGGGUUAGGUUAAAAUACUAUAAAUAAAGUAAAAGUUGAUUGUUUUUAAAGAAGUGACUUAAGCAUAGCUUUUAACAAACAGUGGUGACAAGACCCAUGGAAUUACAUUUCCCAUAGCUAGCACAAUACAGAAAUCUUAAUUUCAUAGUUAUACUUUUUUUCUGAAAUUCUGGGAUGAUUUGACUCUGUAGUCAAUGAAGGUCUUUUUAGCAGUCUCUCAUGUUCUCUUUUCCCCAUGUGAUAAUUCCUUCCUAGAGUAUGAAUGUUAGGUCAUCUGAAAAAAAAUAAAAAGCCUGGGCUAUAUAAUCAACUUGAAGAAAAGAAUAUGUUUGAAAGAAAAAGCAUAACUGGUGUUUCUGUUCUGUAGCUCUGCAAUAUAUCUCUAAGUAAAAUGAUUUAUGGUGAUGAACACUGUAUUUAUGAAUAGUUAAUAUGUGAACCUGGAUUUAUUGUGCCUUGUGUUCAAAAGUUAAUAGUCUAUGCUGAUUAAUACUAUUUGAUGUUAAUAAUAAUUAUGAAAUCUUGGAAUUGCACUUUAGUAGAAUAUCCAGAUCUCAAAUGAGACAGUGCAGCUACUAGAUAAGGAGGGAAAAAAGCAAGUUUUCAGUAACCAUACAGUUUUUUUUUUUAACCUAGUACAAUGCUAGUACAAUAUUUACAUUCUUACUAAUAAUGACAGAUUAUAAAUAUAUUUUAUUACUGAGGGUAAAGUAUUGAAAAGACACAUUUAUCAACUGAUUGCUAAUAUAUUCUGGACUGCAUUAUAAUUACUAAAUUUCUAAUUUACUCUUGCCUUCACAUACAAGAUUCUGUUAACGGCUGGUUUUAUUUGUUGUCAACUGCAAUAUCAUAUUUGAUGAAUAGUACUCACAUUGCCAUUGUCUUAUAACUGUUGUCUAAACUUUGAGACAUUAUGUACACUUGAAUUGCUCAAAGACAGGAGCAAGCGAAAAAUAAAACUGGAAAAUCUUGAAGACUGGGAUGGUGGUGGUGAGGAUAAAAUAAUAAUCAAUAGUUAAUAUUUAAAUAGUAUAUGUGGAGUCUUUAAGACCUGACUGGAAAAAUAUUCAGACUUCUAGUGUUUUUUUAUUUUAAGUUGUGAGCCGUAGAGUUUCUCUGAAAUCUGAAUGCAAAGCCUUAUUAACCAAACACAUAGGUUUUAUUGGCAGCAUUAAUAAAUGAAGUCAAAACUA